CCCGUGUGAUUGGAUUCGGACAUGUCCUCGCAAUCACCGGCAAAGUUUGGCUCCAAUCACAAUUACAAUCACAAUCACACUCGGAAGCGCACGCUUGGCACUGAUGCGCUCGCGAAGCAAGUAGAUGGUUCGAUGCGGUCCGCAUCUUCUAACCACCUUCAUUCACCUUUGUGCCUAUUGCACCAAGUCUUUUCUUCCACACGCACCUCUGACCUGCCUGAUCCUAAGGAAUCGCAACCAUGUCAUCGCAGGGGCCACCGCUCAAUCCGACUGUGUACGAUGCUGAGACCAAGAUUUUCAGCUCCGAACUGGUCAAGCAAUUUCCACCACCUACUGCCAAGACGGUUUGGAGUCUGCUGAUGGGCGAUGGACAGGGUGACGAGGAGCACGUCGUAUUCAUCGACACUAAGGAUGGCACGGAAUGGAAACUUGGCCAACUCAAAGUCCUCGCGGAGCGUCUGGGCGCUGGCCUGAUGCGAGAUCCUCAAAUCCCAGCAAGCUCGGUCGUGAUGCUGCUUCUUCCCAAUUCCAUCCAAUUUAUCAUCGCCUUGCUGGCAGCCCAGUAUGCUGGACUCACCGUAGCUCUGGCCAAUCCAGCAUACACGACGCACGAGCUUUCCCACUGUCUCAGACUGACAAAGCCCGUGAGGAUAUUCAGUGUCAGCAAGCUGCUCGGUCUCGCAACAAGGAGCGGAGCGACGUGGAGCCAGUGCAUCGUCAUGGAUGCGCAUGUAGGCUAUGGCACGAUAUUUUGGCGGGAAUGCUUGAGGAGCGCGGAAGAAGCUCGUGAGGCAAAGCCUAGAGAGGUGGAUCCUUCUAGCGUUGCCUACCUGCCCUUCUCGAGCGGCACGACUGGUCUGCCCAAAGCUGUAUCCAUCUCCCACUCCAACAUUGCAGCCAUGUGUCACAUUAUCUCCAUCACGCCAGGAGCGUACGAUCGAGGUGUCAGAAGCAUAGGAUUUCUUCCAUUCUUCCACGCCAUGGCUCUCCUCCUCAUGAUCCACAUGCCCAUCUAUCGCCGCGGCACGAUCCACAUCAUGGCUUCAUUCAACCCAGCUAGAUUCUUGCAGAUAGCACAAAAAGGGCGCUGCACGGAUCUAUCACUUGUGCCUCCCGUCUUCACCAUGCUGGUGACCAACGCCGACAUUCCUCGAGAUUCUCUCAAGAGUGUGAGGACCAUCAGAUGCGGAGCGGCACCUCUAGACUCCGCCAUGCAAGUCGCCUUUGCCGAGAAAUUCAGCAUCGAGGAUAUUCGCCAGGGUUGGGGAAUGACGGAAACGACGGUGGGGUGUCUAGGACUGGCUGCGGGCUCGACACCAGGGACAGUGGGCAACAUACUACCCUUUGUGCAAGCUCGCAUCGUCGACCCCGAAUCUGGCAAAGACGUAGAGAGGGGCAAGAGCGGAGAGUUGUGGGUCAGAGGCCCGAACAUUAUGCAGGGCUACCAUGCAAAUCCGCAAGCAACCAAGGAAGCUUUUUCGGAUGGCUGGUUGAGAACAGGCGACGUGGUAUUCGCAAACGAACGCGGCGAAUUUACUAUCAUCGACCGCAUCAAAGAGCUGAUCAAGUACAAAGGUUGGCAAGUGGCUCCAGCAGAGCUGGAAGGUCUGUUGCUUUCGCACCCCAAAGUUGUCCAAGCGGGAGUGAUAGGUAUCUACGAUAGAAAGCAAGGGACGGAGCUGCCACGAGCUUACAUCAAGGUGCAGAACAGCUCGAAUGAGCCAGAGGAGCUCGUGCAGGAACUGCAAGCUUUUGUGGCCCGCAAGGCUUCUGCGCAGAAACAGCUGCGAGGCGGGAUCCGAAUCGUCGACGCUGUACCUGUAUCCCCUAGCGGAAAGGUUCUUCGUAAAUUGCUGCGGGCCAUGGUCCAGAAAGAAGAAGCAGCGGAGAAGGAUGCCAUGGGCGCGAGCAAGCUUUGACGCAUGGCUGGAGAUGAAGUGUUUGCCUGGUCACGUUCGGAAUUUUUGUACCAUCAGCUCAUCUUCAGUACUUUGCACAAUUCUGCACUCUCUCAAUCAGUAGUUGCUCUGCAAACGAAUCGAUGCGAUCAGCGCGUCUUUGCUGCAGUAAAAUGGUU